GAGCUCAGAGGUCCCGAACAGCUCUUGGUGUGAGAUGGAGGGGCUCAAGCGCAGCAUCGGCUUGCUGAGGCGGAACGACCUGCAUUUGUCAACCCUCAUCACAGACAGACAUCGCCAGGUUGCCAAAUGGGUGAGAGAAGAGCUGUGCCCUGAAGGGACACAGCAUUAUUUUGAUGUCUGGCACAUUGGGAAAAGUCUGGGGAAGGCCUUGGAUACAGCCUCAAAAGACAGACAGUGUGAACAACUACAGUUGUGGAGGCCAGCCAUAGUAAACCACCUGUACUGGACUGCAGCCUCAACCCCUGAUGGCAAUCCAGGAGUGAUGGAGGCCAAAUGGAGAAGCUUGGUGAAUCACAUUCAGGACAUCCACGACCAUGACACCCCUGCCUUCUCCAGUUGCGCUCAUGCCCCUCUGGAGGGGGAUCAACGAGAUAAAGAGUGGCUGGAACCAGGCUCAAUGGCAGCAGUAAAACUGGAGGGUAUCAUCACAAGGACAUCCUUACUGAAGGAUGUUCGACAGCUGUCUCCGCAGCACCAGACUUACUCCCUUGAAGCCUUCCACUCCCUGAUCCUGCACUUCGCACCCAAGCACACUGGGUUUUCAUACCAGGGCAUGUAUAGCAGGCUUCUCUUAGCGGCGCUGCAUUACAACCAUAAUGCGAACAGAGAGACCGCACGAAGAAGCGAUGGUUUGGAGAGGUAUAGCGUGCGAUAUCCACGUUUCAGAAAAGGUGCCUGGGUAGUUGUGCCCAUCAAAGAGAAGGCCUCAUACGGUUAUGCAACGUCAUUAAUCGAGGCUCUUCGGGAGAGCUACAUGGAUUCACCCAAGGCUCUUCAAGAGGUUAGCGCCAAUUUGUCAGCCUGUGCACCCGCCCCCAUCGCCAAAUCCUUCGAACAAAUUCCCAAGGAGGAGGCCGUCAGCCUCUAUCUAGCCCAGCAGUCACGCUACAAAAAAUUUAAUUAGCAUAGU